AUAUUACAAAGACAAUAGGGCCAUUAUGAAUUGAUUGAAACUUGGAAACAGGUUCUUUAUCAAUUAUGGAUAGAAAGAUAGCUUUGACUGACAUAAAAGGGCCAUAGAAUUCUUUAAUCUUGUCAUUUUUAUUAAAUGGAAUACUAGGACAACCAACUUACCUUUCUGUGCUUUUGUUCUACUCACUGAUUCCAGACUGGCAUCACAACCAUGCACCACUAUGUACCCCAAUUAAAGGCCCAGUAGAUCAGUCACCCUUACUAAUGCUCUAUUUCAGUCUCUUCUAAAAACUGAACAAGAGAAAGAAGUAGCAGCAACCAUCUUUUUACUUCCCUUUUCUGGCAAUUGCUGGCGAGGACUGUUUCCAGAUAUGCAAAUGGUCAAUGGAGAUAAUAGUAAUGUAAUAGACCUACAAAACUGGGAGUCAAUAUUGCUAGUAAACUUUUCUAACAUUAUACAUAAAAAUUGCCAUGUUCAGCUAUCACCAGAAACAAUGAACUUCCUUUAAAUAUCAUUGGUUUUCAGACGUCUUUUAAAAGACAUCAAAGAAAUAGCAAAAUUUAAACACACAAAAUGCAUUUCAUGAGAACACAUGUAAAAUGUGACACAUUUGAAGCCAGACAUGUUUAUUGCCUCAUGAAAAUGCUUUAUAGUUUUGGUGUGCCUGAGUUUUCUUUUUUCUACAAAGCUGAAAGACAAAAAUGAGAUGGAAUCUGGAGAAAUAAAAAAAGGAGUUCAUACUAUUUUAAUAAAAAAUACUUCUCACAGUAAAAGUAUCACUGCAUUCCAAAUGCUUCUGGGCAAUUAACAAAUAAAAUACAAAAUGCAAUCAAAAUUCUAACCCACAAGCAAUAAAUAAUCAUAAAAUGGUGUCAAAAUAUUAUGAGCAACUAUCAACCAUUGAGGUUCCUAUAAAAUAAAAUAUAUACUUCUUAAAAGCCAAACCAUUGGCAGGGUUUGAACCUUUCGUGGAAAACCAUGGUAAAGAAAUGAGGCCAUGGCACUCAGCCAUUUUCUUAAAUCCUCAGAAAAGGGAAAUCAUAAGUUUCUUCUCUUGAGAAGAGUCAAUUUUACUGGGAGGAUGGAAUCACAAACAUGAGACCCAAUUCUUAGAAGGUUACACUCCACUCCAAGCACAACCUGAACCAAACCAGUCUUGUUAUCAAGGUAAGAUAGUUAGAAACUGUCCUCCUACCCAAGAAUGGCUGCACUAUAAACAGAAGAAAGAAAUUCAAGAUUUUCAGCCUUGACUUUACCAUAAUUUGGAUUUGUGUUUGAUACAUAGCAACCACUGGAACUCUUUUGUAACAGCUUCAUUAUCAGAGCGUUCACAGCCUUGGAACUUAUUGUACCAAUUUCUUGCCUAGCCAGUCUAAAGCAGCUUGACAGACAUCCUGCAUUCAAGCCAGACCAGGGUAUAUACAUUAAAACCAACGGUGAGCAAGGAUUUGUGCUACUUGAGCCAACAUCUUGAAAUGUGUCAAUAGAUUUUACUUUUACAAAGCUCAAGUUACAUUAGCAGCUUACUCUUAUAUAUGGCUGUUCAGAAGUAAAUUCCAUUCAGUUCAGCUGGGCUUAUUUUGACAGGAUAGAUUUUCAACAUUUUCAUCCAAAAGCUUAGGACCUGGUCAAUGUAUGUGUGUGUGCUAUUGAAAAAAAACUUAACUUGCUAAUUUUUAAAAUCAAAUUGUAUCCCAGACAGCUAUGGGUUGUUGUUUUUUACUCAAUUGGUGCUCCCCCCCCCCCACUGGUAAGCUUAUGAAAACAUAUGUGAUUCUGUUUCUAGUGAAGGCAUUUGCAAACCUUCAACAGAUUCUAAUACAAAUCAAAUCACUAAUAAUAAAAAAAAAGAGAUCCUCUUCAACAGGUUUCAGAUGCACGGCCAUAUUUUGGCAGAUACACUACCGAGCAAGCAAACAAGCAUCGUGGAGUCUGUGGAGGAAAGAGGGAGGGAGGGUUAAGGCGAUGAUUUCAUUCAGAUGUGAAAGGCAGCUUCACAAAGUGUGCGGAGAAACCUGGGCUCAGUUCAGGUGGGUGUGAAACACUGCGACUGGAGGUGGAGGGGGGAGGCUGAGGGGUGGGCAGAGCACAGGCGCGAAGGCUCGCUCUCUCGUGGAGUGCCCACCCACGGUGAGUGCCAGGUGACAGGCAGAGCCCCUAUAUAUGCUGCCGAGGCACGUCCAUCCACACACAAUCCGUGCGGCUGCUUUCCAAGAGUAAAGUUUGUUCCCAGUUUUGGCGGCCAUGGCUGAUGCGCUCGAGCCAGACAGCCAAGCUCCGGGAGCCAACUUAUCCAGCCUUCAGCAUCCCGCCGCGAACUUGAAUCUUUCUUUGCCCUCUGGUUGGGCUUUGCCCGGACAGCCUGCGCAGACCAUCGGGGCGGGCGCGAUCAUGCUGCUGGCGUUGGUGGGCAACUGCUUGUUGUUGUACCGACUCCGCUGCGGAGGGUGUUGCUGCGGAGGUCGGUUCAGGAGGCGGCGGAAGAUGGAUUUCCUCCUGGCUCACUUGGCCAUCGCCGAUCUCUACGGCUGCGGGCUGGCGUUGCUCUCCCAGCUGCCUCCAGCAGAGGACAAGCGCGUUGCAGAAGCCGGAGACGCGGGGUGGCCGGCCGGAGACGCCACCUGCCGCUUGCUCCGUUUUCUGCAAGGCUCGGGGCUGCUGGCGCCGUCGCACAUGCUGGUUCUUAUCGCGUUGGAGCGACAGCGCUUAGCCGCGGGCCCUCCGCCCCCUCAGGAAUCGCUGCCGCCUUUCGUGCUCGCCCGGAGCGCCCUGGCUGCGCUGGGCUGGCUCUUGGCGUUGCUGCUCGCCCUGCCUCAAGCCUUCGUUUACAGGUUGGCCCCGUCGCAAGCCGGAGGCCGCUGCCUCAGCGUCUUCCCUCAGCUGCCCCGAUGGCACGGACAGGUCUACGCCGUGUACGAAGCCGUCACGGGCUUCGUAGCUCCCGCCUGCCUCUUGGUCAGGACGUGCAGUCGCAUCGUCGCCACCCUCGGCACGUCUGGAGCUGAGGAGGAGGAGGCGACGUCGCAGGAGGGCCCCGGAGGCGGCGCCGGACCCUGUCGCCUUGAGCUGCCUGGCGUCGCCGGCCCCAGCCCGCCGCUUCUUCUGCGGCUUCUGCCGAUCUCCAAGUGCGCUUCCCGCUCGCCCUCGGAGCCCCGAAGCCUGCCCCGCGCCCGAGUCAGGGCGCUGCAGCUGACUUUGGCGCUCGCCGCGCUCUUUGCCCUCUGCGGUUUCCCGCGUUUUAUUUUGGAGCUGGGCUUAGCUUUUGCCUCUCCCGAGGCCGCCACCCACGAAGCCCGGGCGACCCUGAGCAACAUGAUGGCAGCCACCAACAGCGCCGUCAAUCCCUACGUGUGCCUCUUGUUCCAUAGCUACCGGCCCUGGGCGCGGCGGCUCCAGCGCAGCCUCUGCCGGUGCCCCGAUGGACAACCCAGACGGCAAGCUCGCCAUCGGCAGCGACUGUCGCCACGGGCGGCCGCGGAUCGUGCUGAACUUUGGCUCUGCCCUUGCCAGACUAAGACGCCUGUCAUCGCAACAGCCAUCCAGCUAGAGAAGGAGGAGAGCCGGGCUGUUGGCGAGAGCAGAUUCUAAGGCCGAGGGCCGAUUUUGAAGAAGACUGAGUUACGGUCCUCGGAGAGCAGGUCUCAAAGGAAGGAGAAGGGAGCUUUGGACAAUUAGGAUGGCCUUAAGUCUGUUUGGGCUUUCGACACAAUGCGCUCCACUAACUUAAAAGUAAAAUAAAAGAUUCCAGGGUGUUUACUUGCCUGCAGGUCAUGUGUUCAAAGGCUUUACCAGAAAACAUGGAGAAAGGAAAAGACAACUCUGCACCUGCUCAAGAGCUCACUUUGAGCUCUGUAGUUCUUUCCAAUUGCCUAUCUAGUUGUAAGAAUUUAAGUCCAUAUAAAACUACAUUACCAUUGUAAAUGAAUUCUAUUUUUACUGAUCUGGCUCUUAUCAUAAGGGCUGAUGUGGAAUAUUGGAAUAUCUCAACUGGUUAUUUUUAGCCUGUCUGAGGUUUUGUUCAUUUUACUAUAUUGUCAAUGUUCAAAGCAAAUGGGACUGUUUGCACUUUCAGUAAUUUGCAUCCAAAAUCUGUUGGAUACAACAAUUUUUUUUGUUUAUACACAAAGGAGUAUAACACGUCAAUGUAAACUGUUUAAUCUGUGGUUUUCACUAAAUUCAGACAUUUUUCCUUGUACUUGGUAAUAUUUAUGGACGUACACAAACCAGAAACUGUGUUUGCUUGUUUUGUGCACAAAGCAAAUACUUGGAAGGUUAGUCAGACUAUUCUAGGUAGGUAAUAGAGCAGCGGUACAGAAUACUUGUAGGACUUGAGUUGUUAGGCUUUUUGUCCAAAACUAUGGAAGCAUCUUACUGGCAAGAACAAAAGGUUGCUGCAUCUUGGCCUUGUCUCCCUUUCUCUACACAAUUUGUGGGCCAGCCCAUCCACUAAUGUCCCUGAAACCUAUCCCCCCCCCCAGCUAUGCUGUUGUACUUCUGUCAGUCAGUCCCCUGGCCCUCCCCUGAUCAUUUCAUUGUUUUUUUCACUUAGCUGUUUCCAAUUACCUGGCAUUUUCCUUGCUAUCUCCCAACCCAGAAUGUUUCUGCCCCAAAGGGUAUUCUGGGUUUGUGUUCAAAUCAAACACACAGAAAUCCAGUCCAUGCUCUGACUAAGCAAACUUAUGCCAAUCUAGGCAUAGACCAUCAAUACAGCAUAUACUAGUUUUAUUUUUUAAUAUUUCCAGACACAGAGAAGCAAGAGGGUUACUUCUGUUGCUAUGCAAAAAGAUUGUAUUAUUAAUACCUUCCGUCAUUUUGUCAUAUUCUACAUAUUAAUUGCAAAUAAAUGUCCAAUAUAAAAUGAGAUAGUUUGUUAUAAUAAGAGUCCUUUCUGUUCAUUGUAAAGAGCUUUACUUAGAUAUUGACCUAGUAUGUAUUAUGAAUUCCAGUAAAGGUUGCAUUAUUGAUAUGUGUGCAUAUGUAAACAAUGACAAAAAUCAACAGAUAUAAAAUAAACUGCAGAA